AUGGGAAGCGAAGGAGGAUCAAUAGUGAGGAAACCAAGGUUUCUAUGUCUCCAUGGGUUCCGUACAAGCGGAGAGAUAAUGAAAAUACAGCUUAACAGAUGGCCUAAAGCUGUUAUCGACAGACUCGAUCUCGUGUUCCUCGACGCGCCUUUUCCUUGUCGUGGCAAAUCUGAUGUCGAUGGAAUCUUCGACCCUCCUUAUUACGAGUGGUUUCAAUUCGACAAGGAGUUCACUGAGUAUGAGAAUUUCGAGAACUGUUUGGAGUAUUUGGAAGAUCGUAUGAUCAAGCUUGGUCCUUUUGAUGGUCUCAUUGGGUUCUCUCAGGGGGGAAUCUUGUCUGGGGGCUUACCAGGACUGCAAGCUAAGGGAAUUGCACUCCAGAAAGUGCCAAAAAUCAAGUUUAUCAUCAUUAUUGGAGGAGCUAUGUUAAGAUCUACCAAGGUUGUGGAAGAUGCUUAUUCCUAUUCCAUUGAUACUCCCUCACUCCACUUUCUAGGAGAAACUGAUUUCCUGAAACCUUACGGAAUCAAGCUCAUAGAGUCGUUCAAGAAUCCGGUGGUUGUCCAUCAUCCCAAAGGCCAUACGGUUCCUAGGAUUGAUGAGAAGAGCUUGGUGAAAGUCACGGCGUUCCUCGAGACCAUAGAGAACCUUGUGAUGAUGGAGGAAGACGACAAGGAUGCUGAAGAAAACAUUUCUACGCCGAUAUAG